AGAGUGAUAGAAUCAAGGAUGGGAAUUUAUCAAACAGCAGGAUAACCGCCUGGACGAUGUCCUUAAUGGGAUGGCCAUUGGAAAUCAGGUACAAACAAAAUAAUAAGAAUCCAGUUGCUCAAGGAUUAGCUGAACUUCAUGAUUGUUCCAAUUUGGGACAUAAAGGUGAAUCACCACAAAAUGAUGACCUGGAAGAACAAUCUUCAUCUCCAUACAAGUCUUAUGAAGAAGAAUACUGCAAAUCCUUACCAUGUGUAUAUGUUGACGGCUGUUCUUUCCAUACCGAUAUAGGAACUGAACGCACAUUGGUUGCAGGUAUCAGAAUCGUAUGGAAUAAUACAUUCCCAGACGUGUCCGUCCGAUACAAAAAUGGUUCCAAAAGUAGCCAGGUCGCGGAGCUCACUGCUGUGUAUAAAUCUGUACAAAUGGCUAUUGAUUCUGGUCUUAAAGAGUUUGUUAUAAUCACAGAUUCUAAUUAUAUUUGCAGUAGCUUCGUGGAGUACUUCCCUGGAUGGAAAAGGUCUAAUAUGGUAAGAAGUAACAAUAAGCCUGUCAAGCAUGGUAAAAUGUUUUGUAAGAUCGACGAGAUGGUUACCACCCACGGAGGGGAAUGAUUUGGCAGAUUCCCUCGCUAAACAAGCAGCCAUUAAUGGAGAAGUCUUGGACGUUGAUGACCUCAUGGGAACUAUCCAAGUGGAUGCAAUGACAAGAAGACAGGCCCAAAAGGAAACCGAAGCCAAUGUGGCACAAUGGA